AUGAAGUGGGUCCGUAACGUCGACCCCCUUACUCCUUCAUGGAGAGGCCCUCUACUGGUUCAACAAGUACUUGGCGAUUCUACUUACAAGCUUUCCGACGGCACUGUUCAAGAUUCUAGAAAUAUGCCGGAGUACUUCGGUAAAGCCCAGAAUAUGAAUCCCAUUACUAUUGCAUACAUUCAGUAG